AUGGAUCUUGGCAACCUCCCUAGAGCUACCGGCCAGCUGGGCUUGGACCCAGCCUACCGCCCAAUUGCAGUUCUGCUGAUCAACCCCAAUGCCACUGAAACCAUGACGCUCAACUGCCUGGAGUCGCUGCUUGGCUGCGUGCCACCGGACACCGUGGUGUACGGGUAUACCGCGCCAGCUCCGGCCCCGCUGACAAUCGAGUGCGCCGUGGACGGAAUCAUGUCUGCCAGCGCAAUCAUCCGGGAUCUCAGAGCCAAGGAGGCUGGAAACUACUUUGAUGCGUUCCUGGUGGCCUGUUUUUCGCACCAUCCGCUCACCGAUGCGCUGCGCGAGGAGUUCGAUAAGCCCGCUGCCGGCAUCAUGGAGUCAGCCAUCUACACAGCCAGGAUACUGGGCUACACAUUCGGCAUUGUGUCUACCGAUGCCAGAGCCGAGCCGAGACACAGACAGAGCGUGGAGGCUUAUGGCAUGACAAGGUUCUACGUGGGGGCAGCCUCGUCUGGCUACACGGUGGCAGAGCUCAAGACAGCGCCUUUCGAAGACGUGGUGGCAGCCAUGGGUGAGGCAUCAAUGUCUCUGGUGAAGCAACGCGGGGCCGACUGUUUACUCCUCGGUUGUGCAGGCAUGACUCAGAUGAAGGCCAAAAUGGAGGAGCUGGUUGGCCCCACAGUCCAGGUUCUUGACGGCGCAUUAUGUGGCGUGAAUAUUCUGUCAGGACUAGUCCGGAUGGGCUGUAAGACGAGCAAAAACAGUCUCUUCAGGUCGUCUAUGGAUGCCCGGCUCCAGCGAAACCAAACAUACUUGUGA